AGGGUAAGCCCCUUCGACCAUGAAUUAUUCUCUAAAAUGCUUGCCCGAAGAACAAUUGCGACUUUCUGGUUCCGAACUCGAGCACCUUAUCUACACUGCCUUUUUCCCACCUUUAUGUGUUUUUGGGCUUAUUGGCAACACACUAACCAUUAUGGUCCUCGUCAGCAAUGAUCUCAUGUCUAGGGCGAAUAUCUUUCUUGCCUGCUUGGCCGUAUGUGAUGUCUGCUUCCUCAUCCUGAUGAUUCCACAUUCCAUGGGCAAUUUCGACUACUUCGCCUUCAACCUCCUAUUUCGAUAUCUGUAUCUGCGUUCGAAAAUUCAUCUCGUUGCUUUCGCCAACUGGACGUCAGCUGUUUCUAUCUGGCUUGUUGUCGGUGUUUGCUUCGAACGAGUCAUUGGUGUGAGAUCACCUCUUCAUCGACUUGCCGCCCCAUCUAAACGAAGACUUGCUGCAGGUCUUUUCCUCUUAUUAUCAGCUUGUGCAGCGCUGACGUGCUACAAUCACGUGUCACAGCAAUGCUUUAUGAAAUUAUUCUGUCACGAUACUCAAUGGAUAUCGAUGUGCUUGGAUGUAAACACAAAUGCCUUGCAAGGGAACAGCACAAAUCCAACCUCACAUCUUCUCCGUCAGUAUGUGAAAUGGAUGAGAGCGGCGAAUGUUGCUUUGGUCAUCGCGAUACCCUUGCUGUUUUUGGUUAUUCUGAACACUAUGCUCAUGUAUUAUGUGAAGAAAAGAUCCUAUUUCCUCUACGCAUCACUGAGCAAAGUGUCACGACGUAUGCAUCGAGAAGGUCAAGCAUCUUUGCCGUUCGUUGCCACUUUGUUUAGGAGACAUAGCGAUCAGCUGGUCCAACAAAAAAUGGAGCACAGAGUGGCGGUGACUGUCUGCGCUGUUGUAACAUCUUUUACUAUAACUCAGGCACCAUCAGCAGUGAUUUUAUUUCUGAUGGCAAUCUGGGAUGACAGACCGUUCAGAUCGCCAGGACAAUUAUACAACCUACAAGUGAUCACCAGUUUUCUCGUCAUUGUUGGGAAAUGCUUGAAUUUUGUGGUAUUUUGUUUGAGUAGCGAGAAUUUCCGUCAAAAACUCGUUGCCACCUUACGAAGUAGGUGUGGAGGGUUGAAUGAAGAGAAGAGAUGUCACUCAGUGUUCACGACUUAUACACGAUGCGACAGUCGCGAUUCUCGAAUUUUGUCGGCUAAAAAAUCUUUUCAAAGUAUAUAAUGCUGU